AUGCGCAUAAUCUUCACAUUUCCCCUCCUUCUCUCCCCAUGUUUCCCCCGCUUCUCCCCGUCAUUGCCCCCCCCUAUUCACCCUCCUUUGGCCUCCGUGCUUCCGCUCAUACCCCCCCCUUCUCCCUCGUGGUGCCUCCCUUCACCCCCACGUUCCCCCCAUUCUUCCUCUGAUUUGGGCCCCUCCACCCUCACAUUACCCCCCUUUCUGCCCCUCAAUUUGCCCCCCUUCACACCCCCAUUUCCCCCCGAAUUCAAGGCAUCCAACCCCCCACCCCCCCCAUCCUCUGAGUUCCCCCCCUCCCCCUCUCCCACUCAGAUUCCCUUCUACUCGCUCUCAAAUCCCCCCUUAUCCCUCUCAGCCCCACUCGCCCUCAUUUUACCCCCUUCUCCCCCUCAUCUCAGCACAUUUCCCCCCCUUCUCGCUCUCAUGGGUGGCGUUGUCCUCCCCCUCCUGUUGCUCCCCAUCAUCCCUCUCAACACUCCCUCUUCGCCCCCACAUUUCCCCCCCUUCUCGCACUCAAAUCCCCCUUUUCUCGUUCUCUUCUACCCCCUUUCUCCCAAUCAUUUCCUCCCUUUCUCCCUCUCAUUACCCCCCCUGGCCCCCUCUCACUCUCCCCAGCCCCCCUCCUCCCCUCACCAUCAUUUCCCCCCUUGCUCGCACUCAUUUCCCCCCUUCGCCCUCUCAUUACCCCCCCAUUCCCCCAUUCUCGCUCUCAACCCCCCCUUUCCUCCCCUUCCCCUCUACUCCCUAUCAUUUCCACGCUUCCCCCCCCCCAUUACCUCCCCUCGCUCCAUCUCAUGCCCCCUUCCCCCUUUUCCCCGCCAUUUCCCCCCCUACUCCCUCUCAGUUCCCCCCCUUCCCCCUCUCUCAAUUCCCCCUUUCGCUCUGAAAUCCCUCUUUCCUCCCUCUACUCCCCUCCCCCCUCCCUCUUCUCCCUAUCAUUUCCCCGCUUUCAUCUUUCAGUGCCUCCCUCGCUCCAUCUCCCCUUCCCCCUUGCGUCCUCUCAGCCCCCCCCCCCCCCCUUCUCACCCUCAUUUUAUCCCCUUUGCCCUCUCAUUUCAUGUCAUGCUCCCACGCAUUUUCCCCCCUUCUAGCUUCGACUCCCCCCUUCUCCCUCAUAUCCCUCCCUUCACCCCCGUAUGUAGCUACAUUUCUGCCAUCUUUGCCACCUCGUUUCCCCCCCACAUCGGACUCAAAGCCCCCUUUUCUCCGUCCCGUCUAUCCCCCUUCUAUCUCUCAUCUCCUCCCUUUCUCCCUCUCAUUACCCCCCAUUGCCCCAUCUCAUUCCCCCUCUUGCUCUCUCUCAGCCCCCCUCCCCUCACCAUCAUUUUCCUUCCUCCCUUGCUCACACUCAUUACCCCCUCUUCUCCCCCACGUGUCCCCCCCUUCUCCCUCUCAUUUCCCCCCCUUCGACCCCUCAUUACCUACCUGUCUCCCCCUACUACCCCCCUUUCUCCCCCCCAUUUAUCCCCCUUCUCCCUCUCCUCCCCCCCCCCGCCUUCCCCUACUCAAAAUCCCCCCCUUCGGUGCUCUCAUAUCCCCCUUUCUUCCCUUUCCCCUCUUCUCUCUAUCAUUUUCCUGCUUCUCCCCCUCACUUCCUCCCCCACUCCAUCAACAUUCCCCCGUUUCUCCCUCUCAGCCCCCCCCCCCUUCCCUCAUUUUCCCCCCUUCUCCCUCUCAUUCACCCCCCUGAUCCCCUACAUUUCGCCCCAUGCUCCUUCUCACUUCCCCCAAUUCUCCCACUCAUUUUCUCUCCUUCUCGACGACAUGUCCCCCCCUUAUCCCUCUCAUUUCCCCCCCUCCCCCUGCCCCUUUCAUUACCCCCCGUGUUCCCCUCAUUUCCCCCCUGUCUCCCCCCUGUUUCUCCCUCUUCUCCCACUCAUUUCAACCCCUUCACCAUCUCAAGUUCCCCCCUCCCAUCUCUCAGAUCCCCCUUUUCUCCCUCUCAAACCCCCCCCCCCCCUCCCCCCCUCUGGUCUCUAUCAUUUCCCCCCCCUCAUUUCCUCCCUCGCUCCAACACAAUUCCCCCGUUUCUCCCUCUCAGCCCCCCCCCCCUUGCUUCCCGUUUCCCGUGCGGACGGCGAUACGGCCGAGAAGGCAGUGCAAGGCUGCCUGGAAAAGUACGCUGGAAAGUUUCAGGGGGGGAAGGAUCGCAUGGCCGGCCGACCUGAUGCCCUCGUGGGAGGACAGCCAGCUGCUAUCAGGGGGUUGGUAUAUGCCUUCCCGAUAGAUCAUGGGAGCGAUGAGGAGACUCUACGACGCGACACCACCGUUUUCCGCCAGGGUGGGGCCCGUCGAGGUGCAGCGUAUGCUGAGCUAAAGCAAAAAGCGAGAGAGGCCAACAGCACUGCUGCCACGCCUACGGUGCGGGAUGUGAGCGAGGAGGAAGAGGAGCAGCAUGACGUGGUGAUUGAAAUUGAUGAUGAAGUUCCGGUACAAGUUGGAGAUGUCCAAGUGGAGAUCGAUCUUGAGCUGGGAGGAGGGAGUGGGCCGCCCACUGCCACAUCUGGCAAAGAGGACGGACACACACACGAAGUUGGAGGGAGUGAACGUCUUGAUCCACUAUGGCAGCAUCCGGCAGCUGAAGCAAGGACCAUUGGACACGUGGCCCUUCCCCAUUGGUCAUCGCUCUCUGAUGGUUUUCAGGAUUGCAAGAACCCCCCUUUGAUCACUACAUCUUUGCCUGCCGGGUAG